AUAUUAAACAUUUUGCGCGCCAACAUUGAAACAACAGCUGCUACGUCUGGUCUGAGCGGAGACAUUUAAUCGCUUUCAUUUAAACAAGAGAAAAUACGGUCAAGUCAAAAUGACAGAGGAGGAGAAUCUGGACAUGCUGCUGUCUUUAUUUGCGGAGAGUGAGGGCCAGGAUCUGGAGAGUCCUGCUGCGGAGGAGGGUGAAGACAAUCUGGACGAUCUCUUCGAUGAGGAUGAUGACGGCGAGCAAUAUAUCGAGCCUGAGGAGGCGGAAGAAGAGAAAGAAGAAGAAGAAGAAGAAGUGUCACCUGGGAAGUCCAGCUCAUCUGACUUAAAUAAGUCAAAAGAAGAUCUGGAGGCUGAGCUGAAAUUAAUGCAGGAGAAAAUGCAAAAACUACAACAGCAGCUGGAGGCCUCACAGAAGACCACACCAGCUCAAAACAAACCCGCCGUCCAGAGACAAAGCACUAAAUCCUUAACUUCACCUCAAGCGGGUGUGAAAACUACCCCACCAACAGUACGAGAUAGCGAUGGCUCUCCAUCAAACAUCACGGCAAAGCUGAAAAACAAGCAGAGGACGGCCCACCAACCCAAAGCAGCCUCUUCAGAAAGGCAGAUUCCUAUUGGUCAGAGUACGAACCAACCUCAGCCGAUGAGAGACGGUGCUAAAGUGAACAGCAUGUUAAAGUCACCUCCCCUUAUCAAGACUCCUCCCACUGUGCGGCAGCCCACGCCACGUCUACCUGUCAAUCAAGAGGUGGCCGUGGAGAAGUUUUCUGGUCUCCGACUCAGGAAGCCACGUCUGUCUUCCAUAGACAUUGAGCAGAAAAUGGCCAGCCGCAAACUGAUCAGGCUCUCCCAGCUGCCCGAUCGACUGGCCAGAGACAAUUUAGAGGACAGCGAUUGGGUCACGUUUGCCGUGAUCAUAAAUAAGAUCACUCCACAGAGCAAAAACAAUGGGAAAACCUUCAGCAUCUGGAAGCUGAAUGAUCUCCAUAAUCUGGAAGUGAAUGUGUCUCUCUUUCUGUUCGGGUCUGUUCACACUGACCUGUGGAAGACUGACACCGGGACAGUGAUUGGAAUCCUCAAUCCCAACCCGAUGAAGAACAAAGAAGGCUCCAAUGAGCUCAGCCUGACAGUGGAUCACCCACAGAAAGUCCUCAUAAUAGGAGAAGCCAUGGACUUUGGCACCUGCAAGGCUAAAAAGAAGAACGGGGAUUCUUGCACUCAACUUGUCAACUUGUAUGAAUGCCAGUUCUGUCAGUACCAUGUUAAAGCCCAAUACAAGAAAAUGAGCUCCAAGAGGGCGGAGCUUCAGUCCAGCUUUACAGGCUCCGCCCCUGGUAAAGGAAGGGGGCGGGGCAGUUUGAAGGAGCGCCUGUGCCAGUCUGAUUUCCACUAUGGCGGCAUGUCAUCACUCGCUUGUGCGCCCUCAAUGUCUGCCCCACAGCCAAAGAAACAACCCACUAUACAGUCUGCUUUGGCAUCCAUCCCAACUAAGAAACUCGUUCUGAACUCAGGUCAGGUGUCAGGCUGUUCAGAUGAUUUCAGAGGUCUGAUGUCUAUGCCCACGCCUGGAGCACUUAACAUCAAGAGACAUUUAGGACAAUCCAAGAGUUCAGCCGUGGCAGGAUCUUCAGUUCAGUCAGUAUCUGCCUCUGACCUGCUCAAACAGCAGAAAGAGCAGCACCAGCAGAGGAUGAUGGCCCGAAAGAAGAGGGCAGAAGAGAUUCAGAAGAGGGUGCUUCAGAGUGGCGGAGCUCCUGUCGCUUCAUCUCGGCCCAAUGUAAGCAGGGGUCCACUGCUUUCCCCGAAAGCAGCUUCAGAGGGUCCUAAAGGCUCUGGGUCCAGUCUCUCAGGGCCCGCUGUGCCCACCCUCGGUCGUGGCUUUUCAGAAGGAGAGGACAUUGUUUUUGAUAUGUCUCCACCUUCAUCAAAGAGCCUCUCAGCUACAAAGCUGGCAGCAGUGAGGAAACUCCAAGCUAAAGGCUCAGUCAUCGUUAAAGAAGACCCGAAUGCUGUUAAACGCAAGCGAGCAAACAGUGGUGACAUCACAGGUCGAGUCGAGCGUAACAUCGUCAAAGCCAAAGUAACGGAUGAAAAUUCAGCCAGCGAGGAGGAGGAGCCAGCGAUGAAGAAGAGGCGGGAACAGCUGGAGUACAUUCAGUCAGAAGAGUUUCAGCGUAUCCUCAACGCCAAGUCAUCAAACUCAUGGAUGAUGGGAGAGAUUGAGGAGCGGGCCAUGCAGGAGUACUUCGAGCCACUUGUGCAAAAAGAGAAGAUGGAGGAGAAGAUGAAGAGCAUCAGGGAGAUGAAAUGUCGGGCCGUCACAUGUAAAACUUGUAAAUACACCCACUUUAAACCAGCGGACCGCUGCGUGGAGGAGAAACACGACUAUCACUGGCACGACGCCGUCAAACGCUUCUUCAAAUGCCCCUGCGGGCAGAGAAAGAUCUGCCUGGCGCGGAUGCCACACGGAGCUUGCAGCCAUUGUGGCCUUUUCAAGUGGGAAAGAGAUGGCAUGUUAAAGGAGAAAAAGGGACCCAAAAUCGGAGGGGAGCUUCUGAUGCCACGUGGAGAAGAACAGCCCAAAUUCCUCAACAGUUUAAAGUAGAGUCAGAACCCAAACUCCAUCCGGGACCAGUCCAAAUGCAGAAGAGCUUUCCAUCAUGCAAGACUAGUCCUAAAGGAG